CUUCCUCAAUAUUUAUUCAGUUCAGAGUUCAGACGAGUCAUAAAUAUAUAUAUGUGAUUUUGCUGAUUAUUGGAGCAGAAAAGACAUACACUCAUAAUCAAUGGCACUAAUCACAACUGGUGGAAGCCCAUCAUCUUCUGCAACUGAUGAUAUUGAACAAUUGAACUUGAAUAACUACCAAGAACUGUACCGUGCUGCACUCAAAGGCAAUUGGAAAGAGGCUAAGGGUUUUUUGGACAGAAAUCCUGAUGCUGUCAAAGCUAGGAUCUCAAGUUUAAAAAUGACUGCACUUCAUGUUGCUGCUUGUGAAGGGCACUCUGAAUUUGUGGAGAAUAUAGUGGCACUUAUGCCUGCAGGUGAACUGGCACAACUGGAUGACCUUGGCUAUACUGCCCUCCACUAUGCUGCCAUAGGUGGAAGCCUGAGGUCUGCUAAGGCAUUGUUGGCUGCGAAUUCCACUUUAACGCAAGUUGUUGAUAGCGAAGGAAGAACACCUCUCCUCCUGGCUGCCAGUUUGGGUUCUGAGAGUAAAGAGUUGGUGUGGUACUUGUUGUUGGUAACUACAGAUGAGAAACCUGGUCAACCCUUCACUGGUCCAAGGGCUGCUUACCUUAUCAAUGUGUUUAUUGCCUCAGGUCUACAUGAAAUUUCACUGUAUCUACUUGAGAAACACCCUCACUUGGCAACUGCUAUUGAUCAUCAAGAUAAUAAUUGUACUCCUUUAUUUAUUUUGGCAAGGAACCAGUCAAACUUCCUUAGUGGCAGCAGGCUUGGCUUUUGGGAAACCCGCAUUUACCAAUUUCUACCUGUUGAAGUGAACUAUAGACCACCGCGUUCAGUGAGGGCCUAUGUCGGGGGACAUGAAAGUGCCCAAGACGAACUGAGAAUGCCAACAUCAGCACAGAAUAAAGGUCAGGUUCUUCAUGGGUUAAGAAGACUGCUUUGUGGAGCUAUUAAACCAAUAGCAUCAGCUCGUUUCAGGCAACUCCAAGAUGCAAAACUUAGACAUCAUUGUGCAGUUGAACUAGUACAACAAAUUUGCAAACAAAUUUCAAAGAAGAAUGUUUCUGAGCGUUUGGACUAUCUUUUGAAAUUAGAAAUCCUCAACACGGCCACCGUUAAUGGGACAACUGAAAUUUUAAGGAUACUCCUAAAUUUUUUUCCUGAUUUAAUAUGGGUUCGCUUCAGCAACCACAGAUUUUUAGUACUCACUUAUGCUAUUGAACAUCGUCAUGAAAAUCUUUUCCGUAUGGUGUGUGAUAAGACUGCACGAAAUAAAUUAAUGGCUUCUGCAGUACUUGAACCGAGGGAGACCAUCUUGCAUCUGGCAGCAAAGUUGCCUCCUCUUUCCCAACUAUCAUCUAUAUCUGGUGCAGCUCUACAAAUGCAGAGAGAGUUGCAGUGGUUCAAGGUGGUGGAGAACCUAGUUCACCCUUAUUAUAAGGAGUAUCCAAACACAAAUCUCGAAACUGCAAGGGAAUUAUUCACCAAGGAACAUAAACAAUUAGCUGAGAGUGGAGAGAAAUGGCUAAAGGAUACUUCAAAUUCUUGCAUGCUCGUUGCAACUCUCGUUGCCACAGUUGUGUUUGCUGCUGCUUUUACAGCACCUGGAGGUAACAACGACGAUGGAGAUCCAAAUUUCUUAGAUAAGAAGACAAUCAUGUUCAUGGUGUUUGCUGUUUCAGAUGCAAUAUCUCUAUUUGCUUCUUUAACUUCCCUCUUGAUGUUUUUAUCAAUCCUAACUGCACGUUAUGCCGAAGAAGAUUUCCUCGAGUCAUUACCAAAGAAGUUGAUAAUAGGUUUAGCUUCUCUCUUCAUUGCUAUAGCCACCAUGAUGGUAGCCUUUGGUGCAACUUUUACAAUUGUGCUCAGCAAGAAAUUCAAUUGGGUUUAUAUCCCGAUCACCUUGCUGGCCUCUUUCCCGGUGACUCUUUUCGCGUUGCUGCAGCUUCCCUUGUUUAUCCAAAUGGUCCGAUCAACAUUUGGACGGAGCAUCUUUAGACCUCAAAACAUUUGGUAAUUCGACGAACCUAUGGAAAGAAGGUGUUUGCAAUUCUGUUUCAUUUUGGCUCUUUUUUAUAUAUGCUGAAUACUGAUCAGUGAUGAAGGCAGAAUCUGCAUUAGAUUGUCUGGAGUUUUUGGAAUAUAGAUAAACACCUAUAGCAUGCACCUAUGCUGUAAAUAAACUACAGGACCUUCGUAAUAUAAAUUUGGCAUCUAUCUAUUAAGCAUACCUUUUGAGUCACUGUGGGGACAUAUUUGAGUUAGAAGUUCAUGUCAUCUAUAAACAUACCUUUCGAAAUGU